ACUGCUCGACUAAUGACGUCAUACUCAAGUCAGCUGACCUGUGCCUCGUGAUCCAAAAUGUCUCAUGCGGAACUACAAACUGAAAAAUAUCACUUUUAUCCUAUGACAGACAUUACACUCGUCGUUUUAUAGUUUAUUGGGUUAUGGACACAAUUGUUAAUCGACUGACCAUUUGUUAUUCUGCGUUGACCUUCCAAUAAUUAUCGCCGUUUUGGGAAGUGCUCUCACUCUUUCUUUUUUUUUUUUUAUGAUAGCUCAACUAACUCAUGCAUAACUGUAAACUGCAAGUUUAAAAAUAUAUAAACUCGAGAUGAAAGAAAACAUAAUUCUGUUUCUCAUAACGCUGUCUGUCUGCGCGCACACUGCGUUCAGUGAUGCAGAAGUGUCCCUCAAAGCUCCAGAAAUAGUUAAUCUACAGGAAAAAUCUUCACAAAACAUCACCAUUACCUUAAGUACACCGUUGAACACAGCUAUAACAGUUUAUUUCAACAUCACAUAUAAAUCAAGAAAUGUCUCUUUAAUAAUUCAACUUCCUGAUGAGGUUGUUGUGCCAGCAGAAAACACAUCUGUAUCUUUUGAAAUGCGUGCAGAGGGGGUUGGUCAGGUGACCAUUUACCUUUACAGCAAUGACACUCGCAUAAAAAGCUAUACAACUCGAAUCAGAUUCUUGAUAGUCAGAAGCAAUGUUCUUUUUAUUAUCAACCAAAUCAUUGGCUGGAUUUACUUCCUGGCCUGGUCUGUGUCGUUCUACCCACAAGCAUUUGAGAACUGGAAACGACGCAGUGUGGUAGGCCUCAGCUUUGAUUUCCUCGCUCUCAAUCUAACUGGAUUCAUUGCUUACAGUGUGUUCAAUGUUGGCUUGUUCUGGGUGCCGUAUAUACAGGAGGAGUUUUUGAGUAAUGAUCCGAAUGGAGUCAAUCCUGUCGACUCCAAUGAUGUCUUCUUCAGUCUUCAUGCUGUAGUUCUCACUCUCGUCUAUAUCUGCCAGUGUGCCAUCUAUGAGAGAGGUGGGCAAAAGGUUUCCAAAGUGGCCAUUGGCUUAUUAGUGAUUGGCUGGACCUUUGCGUUUGUCUCCCUGUUUGUUGCAGUGGCACGGAAGAUCUCCUGGCUGGAGUAUCUUUACUACUUCUCUUAUAUUAAACUGGGUGUCACACUUGUAAAGUACAUUCCUCAGGCUUAUAUGAAUUACCGCAGGCAGAGCACAGAGGGGUGGAGCAUUGGUAAUGUGCUGCUCGACUUCACAGGGGGCAGUUUUAGUUUGCUUCAGAUGUUCCUUCAGGCCUAUAACAAUGAUAAAUGGAAGUUUAUAUUUGGGGAUCCAACAAAGUUUGGAUUGGGUGUGCUUUCCAUCUUUUUUGAUGUUGUGUUCUUCAUACAACAUUAUUGUCUGUACAGAAACAGAAAACCACAAUACCAUGAUUUAGAUGAUCAAAAAUAGAGUAUGAUCACCUCACCACUGGCCUUAAAACAUGACAUGGAACAUGUUAAUAGAGAUUCUGGUUUGAAAUGUAGUGUCUUAGUAAAGUUUUGAUGAAUAUGUAUAUGGGAAAUAUGUAUAUCUUACACCAAAGCCUUCAUCUUUUAUAUGCAUAUCUAAUUUUAUGUUAGUCUAUAUUUUUGUAAAUUUGUAUGGUAGAUUGCCUUAAAUUGAUACUGUCUCUUGGCUGAAUAGUAGGCUACUAAAUUAAUGAAUAAAGUGUUGAAUUAAACACUGUUACUGAAUA